GAUGACGAUGAGCCUGACGUUUGUUUGGGGCCGAUGUUGUCAGGCGUAGUCCGUGGUCUCAUUCGUCGAUCGAUGAUAUGUGGGAACAGAAUCUAUCGGGUUCGUGAUUCUCGUUUUCUUCCAACAGAGGCAAUGACAGACGUGGAUGACAAAUUUUGUUUGGCCGACUAUGAUGCAGUUGGAUUUGAUUUGGAUCAUACACUGGCAAAAUAUAGACUGGUAGAAUUAAUGAAUCUUGCCUAUGACUCCCUAUGUGAAAGUCUCAUUAAGCAGGGAUAUGACCCCAAAAUAAAAGACAAACUCAGCCUUCACAAGGAUUUUCUAUGCAAAGGUUUAUUCCUUGACUCAGAAAAGGGCAACAUUCUCAAAUUGGGUCAUGAUGGAAAAAUCCUCAAGUGUAGUCAUGGAACCCGAAUGAUGGAAAAAGAGGAAUUGUUAUCUGUUUAUGGUGAAGAUUUACACUGGGAACACUUUCAGGAGGCCAUAGGUCAUGUCAAGAGUCAUGGCAAAGACAUGAAAUUCCGUUUCUUCGAGAAUUACUUUGACAUCCCAGCCCUUGUGUGUUGUGCUCAUAUUGUGGAUUUUUUGGAUAAAGAGAAUGGUGGACCAUGUGAAAAAUAUGACUUCUGGAAAGAUAUUUAUGGUGCUUUUGGAGAAAACUAUAUACCAACUCAGUUUGCAAAAAAUGCAGGAUGGUUCUUCCCCAGUGUAAAGAAGAAUCCUGGGAAAUAUCUACAGCCCAGCAGUAAUGGUGUCAAAGAGUGGUUAAAAGACUUAAAGGAAGAUAAACGAGUUGUUUUUCUCAUGACAUCAUCAGCCAUAGAUUUUGCAGGAAUGGUCAUUGAAACAGUGCUGGGGUCAGACUGGAGAAACUAUUUUGAUGUCUACCUCACUGAUGCCAGAAAACCAGGAUUCUUCACAGAAAAAAAUAAAUUUAAGUUAAUUGAAAAUGGAGAGAACAAGGGUAAUGUUGAUGAACUAGAACCAUUCAAAACUUACUCCAAUGGAAAUUGGACAGAUCUGAUGAAAUUCCUGUCUAAACAGACAGGGAAAUCUGAUCCAAAGGUUGUGUAUUUCGGGGACAGUCUAUGCUCAGACAGUUUUCCAGCUAAGACAUAUGGUAACUGGGAUGUUGUGUUGGUACUAGAGGAAAUGGAAGCAGAGGGUUACCAUCCGGAUUUGAGAGAUGUCCUAGAACCAAAACGCAAAGUUCCUAAGCACCAGGUGAACUUGGAGAUAGAUCCUGAAGAAGAAUGCUACAUUUUGUCCGACAGUUGGGGGUCAUUCUUCUACCACGAAGAGGAGGAUCCUAAACAUGAUAAACACAUGAACACUUACUGGGGGAGAAUUAUCAGUCAUUACAACACUAUAGCUGUACCAACUAUAGAGUAUAUAGCAGGUAUGCCAAUAGACUACAGAUACACAAAGUUCAAAAACUCUGAUGUUGGCAAUACGGAUGGCUUUUAUCCAGGAAAGCCCAAACCACUACUAACUUGAGGAUCUACUUAAUUUAUUAUAGCUUUAAUUUUAAAUUACUGAUCUCAGUAUGACAGGAUAAGAGAAUUGUAGAGGAUCCCAGAUUUGCUAACUAAUGAUAAACAGAUUGUAUUUAUUAAACAGAGAAUGAGGAAUAAAGCCUUCUGUGAAGGUGGUUAGUACUGUCUGAUUUAUUCUAUACUUUUAGUUUCUAUUUUCAUUUUGUUCUGAAUGAUUAUCAAGGUUGCUUCAGACAACAACAACUGUGAUAAAUGAUUCUCAUUUUUAUAA